GACUCGCAUCGCUUCGCCAAGGCCCCGCACCUCUGGGCGCUCGGCGUCGGCGCCGUCGUCAGCGGCGACUUCUUUGGCUGGCAAGCGGGCUUGAGCGCCGGCUUUUGGGGUCUCGCGAUCAACCUCCUCAUCGUCUCGGUGCUCUACAUUCUGCUCUCGUUCUCGAUCGCCGAACUCUCGACGUCGAUUCCAUGCGGCGGUGGGCCGUAUGCCUUUGCGCAUCGCGCGCUCGGUCCGAUGGCGGCGUACUUUGCCGGUCUCGCCGAAGUGCUCAAGGUCAUUGUCACGUGCGCGGUCGUCUCGGUCGGCAUUGGCAGCUACAUCAUCCAGCUCUUUGGGUGGAGCAGCAGCAACAGCGGGCCGCUGUGGUGGGCACUCUUCUUCGUGCUCUUCACGUUGCUCAACAUUGCCGGCAUCGCGCUCAGCUUCCGCGUCCAGCUCUUUGCGACUGUGCUCUCGGUGCUGAUCCUCGUCGUGUUCUACAUUGGCGCGGCCACGCAGUUUAGCUACGACCAGUUCAUUGCGGCGCCCAACAUGGAGUUUGUCGACGGCUCGAAAGGGCUCGUGACCGGUCUCUCGUUUGCAAUGUGGUUUUACCUCGGCAUCGAAGAGCUGCCGCUUGCAGUCGAAGAGACGAUCGACCCGGCGUACAACAUGCCCCGCGGCCUCCUCUCGUCGAUCGCAACGCUUUUCGUGCUGUCGUUUUGUACGCUCUUCUUCAACUCUGGCAUUAGCCCGGGUGCUGACAAAUUCUAUGCUUCGACGUCGCCGCUCCUCGACGGCUACAAGAGCGUAUUUGGCGACAAUGCGACGACGGCCGGGUUCUCGUGGCUGCUCAUUGUAGGUCUCCUCGCGAGCUUUCAUUCGUUUAUUUUUUGCAUGGGCCGGCUUCUCUUUGCGAUGGCGCGCGACGGCUUCUUGCCAUCGGUGCUCAAGCGGCUGCAUUCGACCAACCACACGCCGUACGCGGCGCUCAUUCUCGGAUCGUGCUUUGCACUCCUUCUUGCGAUUUCAUUGCAUUUUGCGAUCGGCGACGUGCGCCUCGGCUCGGUCAUGAUCAACUUGGCGCUCACCGGUGCGCUCAUCUCGUAUGCCUUUCAGCUCGUCUCGUUCAUCCAUCUGCGCCGCCACGAACCCGACCUUCCGCGACCGUACAAGUCGUUCUUUGGUGUUCCCGGUGCUUGCGUCUGCCUCGCGCUGUGUGCCUACGCGCUCUCGUCGAUCAUCUACCAAGGCGUCGUGUCGCCCGACGACUUUUUGGUUGCAAUUGUGAUUGCGAUUGUCUACUUUGUCGGCGGCACUGUGCUGUUUUACACGACGAUCAAGGCCAACAUCGUCGCCCACACCAGCCGCCUUGACAAGUCGCUCUUGUCGCCGGGCAGCCGCGAAGCUGGCGUCGACCACGCGUAAAGUCUCUGUGUUUUCAUUUUGGCCGUAUAUAAUGUGAACGUGUGUACCAUGGUUGCCUUGUCGAUAGAGGCGAAAUCACUCCGUUGCUCGUCUAGUUGGUCCAUUCUACAAAGGACAGGCCCUCGAGACGCCCAUGCGAUUGGUCCAACCCGGUUGAAGUUGCGUGCGAGAGCCAACACUUAAUGGCGCCAAGGCCAGGGAAUGAAACGGGAGUAGUCAUCAAUUUUGCAGAAGCUUGAAGGCGCGAAAACGCGCAGUCUCUGUG